AUGGAUUUAAGACACAUAUCGCAAGCUCCAGAUUCAGAUGAAAUUGAAAUGGGUAUUGAUCUGCAGGAUUAUUAUUUAUCAGUAGAAUGGGAUAUCAUGGGAGUACCAGCUGUUCGUCAUGAGAAGUAUUAUUCCUGUUGUGAAGAACCUUAUUUAGAUAUCUAUUUCAACAUCACGCUAAGGCGAAAAACAUUAUUUUAUACAGUCAACUUGAUUAUACCUUGCGUUGGUAUUUCAUUUUUAUCUGUACUAGUGUUUUACUUACCAUCUGAAUCAGGAGAGAAGGUAUCGCUAUGUAUAUCUAUUCUACUAUCACUGACUGUGUUCUUUCUCCUAUUAGUUGAAAUUAUACCACCCACAUCACUCACUGUGCCACUUUUGGGUAAAUAUUUACUGUUCACCAUGGUACUGGUCACAUUGUCUGUUUUUGUAACGGUUGCCGUGUUAAAUGUGAAUUUCAGAUCGCCUGUUACACACAAAAUGAAACCGUGGGUUGUA